AUGAGUGAGGCAGCAAACACAUCGGUGGGCCGCGUCCCUACAACAAACAAGACGCAUAGAAAUGGCUUCAGCGGGGAAAUUGAAAAGCUAGCAGCAGAGAAACACAAACUGCGUCUCAACAUUACGGUGUGCAGAGAUGGAACGAAGGUAAAAGAAAUGAAAACACGACGCAACAGGCUGGCACACCAAAUUCGCCGGGAAUGCCUCAAGUUAGCAUCGACUCGACUGGUCGAACGUGUAGCUGAAAUAGACCAAAUGAAAGACGACGCGAAAAUGUUCAAAGCAACACGACUACUGCGCCGACAGCAGCAGUCACCAGUUGUGGUUGAAGACUCUGAUGGCAAACUCAUUGCACAACCUAGUGAAUCAGUCGAAGCAUUAAGGCAACACUUCCGUGCUAUAUUCUGUAAUCCUGCUCUCGAGUCAUCUAGGCUCUUACGGACGGAGGAAGACCUUAAAAACCCUACAAAGCAGACAGAUGUACAUGGCGCAGCUAAGCGCUCGAACAUUGCCACUACCUUCAACAAUUAUGCCAAAGACAAAUCACUCAAGCUAGGCGAUGGGCUACUGAUCCCGAUACCAAAGCCGGGAAAGAAAAGAGGUCCUCCUGGAAAUGUAAGGCCAGUUACCCUGUUGAACACCCUGCGUAAACUUCUUUCAUUGGUCAUCCUGAUGCGGAUCAAGCCAGCUAUCAACGGGUACUUGUCACUGAACCAGAGCGGGUUCCGGUCAGGGAGAAGUACUGGAGACGUGGUAUAUAGCUAUCGGUGGUUAUCAGCAAGAUGCCAACGGGUUGCGUCGGAGAUAUCAAUCUUAGGCAUUGAUAUGUCAAAGGCAUUUGACACUAUAUCAAGGGUCAGGCUGAUCGAUAUACUGUCAUCAGUCAUUGAUCAUGAUGAGCUGCACAUCAUCCAGUGCCUUCUGACAGACAAUAAAAGUAAAGCUGAAUAA